AUGCUGCCUUCUCCAGAAACAUCGGUCUCUCCCGAGGCCGCCGAGAAAACCCGGUCAAAGACCAAUCCCAAACAUUCCGGGCCGUCAGGGCCUCUGCAAGGCCAGAAGAGUCUAUUUCGAGUCCCCAUGUACCGGGCGGCCGGUACUGGACAAUCAAACAGCGAAAGAUCCACUGAGCGUGUGUACCAUGCGCGGCGGCCGCACCGCAAGUCCCGCUCCGGCUGUCUAACUUGCAAGAGAAGACGAGUCAAAACUCAGACACCCCUUCUCAUGCACACCAUCAUAGCGGUGGCAACCUCCCAUCUUCGUUAUGUUGUGCCUGACAAUACCGCUUACAAAAUGGCCGAAGCGUACCACUGGCAGCAGGCAAUCAGCCAGUAUUCCAAGGAGCUCGGCUGCGCAGUCGGUCCUCAUAACAUGGACGCUCUCUUCUCCACAUGUCUCCUCAUGACCGUCCACGCCUUCCAACUGGAGGAAUACAACCCCCGCAAGUCCUUUGUCUUCUCCGACGAUCCACAAGCCCUGAGUUGGCUCACUUUACAGGGCGGCCUGCGCCACCUCCUGGGGCUUACCAAACCCUGGCUGUGCAUCAGCAUGUGGUGGGAGGUCUUCAUGGCGUCUCGACAUGAGAAUCAAGCUUUCGAGGAUCCCCCGCCCGGACGGGAGGGUCUGCACCCGGAGCUGGCUGAUAUCUGCGGUAUCGACGACACAACCACAGAAGAGAGUAAUCCGUACCUGGCGCCGCUGCGGAUGCUCACGCUGCUACUGCCGGCCGAACGGUCCAUCAAGAGUUUCUCCAAGUAUACGACCUUCAUGGGCCGGUUGUUGCCGAGCUUCUGGGCGCAACUAGCGAAGAAAGACCCGCCGGCGUUGAUCAUUCUCAGCUGGUGGUUGGCGAUGCUGGACUCUUGUCGGUGCUGGUGGGCCGAGACCCGGGUGCGUUCCGAGUGCGCGGCUAUCUGCAUGUAUCUCGAGGACAGCGAGGAUCCACGCAUCUUGCGGCUGUUGGAGUUUCCGGCGGAGGUUUGUGGGUAUCUGCUCAGGCACGUUCAGGAACGUGCUGAGAUAGAGGUACCCUUAAUUAUGCCAUAUGAGCCUGUCGGCUGGUAG